AAGGCAGCAGUGACAGCGCUGUUGUUAAAGCUUGUGCUCAAGCAGCUGCUUCCUGCAGGCUUACUUCCCCAAAAGUCUCCUUUUCCAGCCCACACUUUUCAUUUUCUUUUUUAGGCCAUGAUUACUGGAGAGCUGGAUAUCCUCAAAGACUGGUGCUAUGAAGCAACGUACAAUCAAGUAGCUCAUCCCAUCCACCAGGCAAAAUCCAUGGGCCUGCAGUUCCAUUCCAAGAUUCUGGACAUUAGCAAUGUUGAUCUGGCGAUGGGGAAGAUGAUGGAACAAGGACCGGUACUAAUCAUCACGUUCCAGGCACAGCUAGUGAUGGUGAUCAGGAACCCCAACGGGGAGGUGGUAGAAGGAGACCCAGAUAAAGUGUUGCGUAUGCUGUACGUGUGGGCACUCUGUAGAGACCAGACUGAGCUCAACCCUUACGCAGCCUGGAGGCUGCUGGACAUUUCAGCCUCAAGCACAGAGCAGAUUCUCUGAAGACAGCUGUUGGGGACCUGCUGGACUGUGCUUUGUUGUUCUCCCAGCAAGGGCCCCACUACUGUCAGAAGCUUCAGGAUGCAAGACCAUUUGGCUCCUGCAGGGUACUUGUAACCCCCCCUUUCCAGGAUCCAGUGUGAAAGGAGGGGGGGGAGGGAAGACUGGGGACUGGAUGAGAUAAGGACAUGAGAAAGUUCCCCUUGGGGAAUGCAGUUGCCUCAGAGGGGUGGUGUUGGGGACAUGGUAUAUGAGCAGGGUAGCUCAUAGGGUCCCAGGUUUAUAAGGUUAAGACUGUCGCAGAAGAAGCCUGAGGCCUGGUACACUGUUGUCUCCCUCUUUCCUGCAUUGGGCCCAAUAGGUGGAUCCAGGGAGCAUCUCUGCCUUGGCCUGCUGCCUAGAGACCUUUCCUUCUCCCUCUGUCCUUUCCUCUCCCCACAGGCUGGUUGGUUAGUAACUGAGAGAAGCCAAAUUGGGUGCCACAAGUCCUGCAGAGGCCCAGGAGCCGGGCAUCCAAAAGCAAAAAGCGAAAGUGAACUGAGGUCCCUGAACACAAAGCUUGCUGAAGCAGUUCGGGAGAAGGGGGAUAUUGGGGAUGGCGAGGGAAGAGUGAAGCACAAGGCCCUACAAGGAGGUGGAGGGGAGCAGCUGUGCCCCACUUGGUCCUAUGCAACGGGGAGGAAGAGGAUUAGAAAGGAAAGACUGUCACCCCACCUCCUGCACACAUACAACUUCUAGACCUGGCAACCUGUCCUGUCUUGGAGGGGCCUUGAGGGACAGAGCCUGGUGCUGUCUCCUCCCCUCUCUGGCCUCAGUUAUCCCUCCUCUUCUCUGGUGAAGGGGUAUACUUCCUGCCAGGUGCCUCCAUCUCUGGCAUCAGAUCAGCCAAGUCAUUCUAGAGCAUUUUUAAAAAUAACAAAACCUGAAUGUCUUUCAUUUCUGUACAUGCUGCCUGAAGAUUUGAAAAUAAUAAAAUACCAAAAUGAAUAACAAA